UGUUUAACCCCCAAACGCUUUAGCCUGGUCCCCGCUUCCCCACGAAUGCACCGUUGCCGUACACCUGUGACGAUUCGAUAAAACGACCAGCGAAAGAGAGAGAAACACCGAAGUGUUCUAGAGAGAGAAAGAGAAAAAACCCACAGAGCGAGAGCGUGUGGUGUGCGUGUGUGUGUGAGAUCUGAUCGGAAACACAAAGGUAAUCGAGCUUUCGAAACCCUAAAUUUUUUCUUUGCGAUUCGUUUUUUACGGUUGGUCUGGUUCUUCGUUUCGGAGAAGGUUCUGAGUGAGGCGGAGGGAUUUUGGAGGUGGAAGAAGCCCUAGGAAUUUCUAGGGUUUUGAUUUUUCUCAUCAUUUAUUUGGUUUUUGUUGUUUUUUGGGCUUUUAUGUGUGAUUCUUUGAUUUAUUGGUGUGUAAAACCCUAGGAUUUGGGGGAUUUGGGAUUGGUGUUAGGAUUAGGGUUUUGGAUGUAUGGCUUCGGAGCCUAUGGUUGGAGGAGAUGACGAAGCCAGAGAGAAACAGAGAUUCGGGGAGAGAAAGGUUUACACGAGGAGGAAAGUAAAGAAAGACCCUAACGCCGUUGCUUCCACCACUGAAAAUAACGGCACCGCCACUUCCACCGUUACCAAUGACAACAGUGUCAGUAAUAGCACCGUUCAGAAGAGCAACACUGGUGAGGCCGCUGAGGCCAAGAGCAAAGGUGAUAAUGUUUCGACACAGGCUCUGGCACAGCCUGUUGUACUGCCGGAGGAUGGAAAUUUGGCUCAGCCUCAAGUGGUUUCGGGAUUAGAGGAUGGGAAUUUGGGGCAGCCACAACUGGAGGAUCAGAAUAUGGUUCAGACUGAAGUGGGUUCAGGAUUAGAGGAUGGGAAUAAGGCUCAGCCGCCAGGGGAGGAUCAGAAUAUGGCACAGACGCAAGAGGGAUCAAGAUUGGAGAAUGAGAAUAGGGCUCAGCCGCAAGGGGAGGAUCAGAAUUUGGCACAGACGCAAGUGAAUUCAAGAUUGGAGGAUGGGGAUACGGCUCAACUACAAUUGGAGGAUCAGAAUAUGGUUCAAUCUCAGUCAGAGGAUCAGAAUAUGGUUCAACCUCAAUCAGAGGAUCAGAAUAUGGUUCAUCCUCAAUCUGAGGAUCAGAAUAUGGCUCAACCUCAAUCUGAGGAUCAGAAUACGGCUCAGCCACGAUUGGGGGAUCAGAAUACGGCUCAGCUGCAAGGAAAUUCAAAAUUGGAAGAUGAGAAUAUGGCUCAGCCGCAAGUGAGUUCAAGAUCAGAGGACGCGAAUACAGCUCAGCCGCAAGUGAGUUCAAAAUUGGGGGGUAGAAAGUCCCCUCAGCCAGAAGUGAAUUCGAGAUUGGAGGAUGGCAAUUUGCCUCGGCCACGGGUGAAUUCAAGUUUGGAUGGGAAUACAGUUCAGCCACUGGUAGUGCUGGUUUCUGAUGACUCGUGCAGCCGGCAGCCAGAUGAACCUUCUAACCUCAAUGUUCAGCUGCAGGAUGAUGGGCCUUCUAGCCCCAUCCAUCAGCAGGAGGCAGUUCCUAGCUCCCGAGACCUUACUUUGGGAAAUGGGGUUGUGGAGCCGCAGUGGAGGGACCGAAUCAAGAUAAACUUGGCCUCAAAAUCAAAGCAGCAGAUGCGGGAGCUUCGGUGGAAGCUUGAAAGGGAACUUGGUAUUGUGAGAUGUUUGGUUAAUAGGAUUGAAGUGAAGCAGAGGCCAGUUGGUGGAUAUGGCAACUCAAAUGUGCUAAUCGACAGUGGGAUUAAUAAUGUUGGUGGAGCCAAGCGUGCUCACUCAGAGGUGGCAUCUGCUGGUGUUCCACGGGAACCUGCCAGUACCAGGCCUUUGCAUCAGUUAAGUUUGUCAAUGUUGGAGAAUAGUCAAGGGAUCUGUGAAACUGUUGAGAAGGAGAAGAGAACACCUAAAGCAAACCAAUUUUAUCGUAACUCAGAGUUCUUGCUUGCGAAAGACAAAUUUCCACCCGCAGAGAGUAACAAGAAGUCGAAAUUGAAUUGGAAGAAGCAAGGUGGGGGAGAAAUGGGACAUGGUUUUGGGAUGGGAUCUAAGUUUUUCAAAAGCUGUAGUUCACUGCUUGAAAAAUUGAUGAAACACAAGCAUGGUUGGGUGUUUAAUGCUCCUGUUGAUGUUGAGGCUCUUGGUUUGCAUGAUUAUUUUACUAUUAUCACUCAUCCAAUGGACUUGGGAACUGUGAAGUCUAGGCUGAACAAGAAUUGGUACAAAUCACCAAAGGAAUUUGCAGAGGAUGUGAGACUCACUUUUCGUAAUGCCAUGACAUAUAAUCCUCCGGGACAAGAUGUUCAUAUAAUGGCCGAGCAGUUAUCAAAGAUAUUUGAGGACAGAUGGGCUAUAAUUGAGUCGGAUUACAAUCGGGAGAUGAGAUAUGGCUUUGAUUAUGGGGCUGUUGCCCCUGCACUAUCACCUUUGUCUAGAAGGGUUUCUGCAUUUACACCACCACCUCUUGAUAUGAGAAGGAUUUUGAAUAGAUCAGAAUCAAUGACACAGACUCCAAGACUCAUGAGCAUUACUCCAUCAAGUAGAACCCCAGCUCCAAAAAAGCCAAAGGCAAAAGAUCCUCAUAAAAGAGACAUGACAUUUGAGGAAAAGCAAAAACUAAGCACUAACCUUCAGAGCUUGCCUUCAGAGAAGCUUGAUGCUAUUGUACAAAUCAUUAAGAAGAGAAAUUCAGCACUUAAUCAACAUGACGAUGAAAUUGAAGUGGACAUUGAUAGUGUGGAUGCUGAGACUCUCUGGGAGCUUGAUAGAUUUGUUACCAACUAUAAGAAAAGUUUGAGCAAAAACAAAAGGAAGGCUGAACUUGCUCAAGCUAGAGCAGAAGCUUUGCAGCAGAAUGCCAUCCAGAAGAGUCAGGCACCAGCUAUGGCAGAGAUUCCAAAAGAAACACUAACAGAUGAAAGGAAUCUUCCCCAACCCUUGCCUGCGCAAAGGGGAAAUCAAGCAGAUAAUGGGAGUAGGUCAAGCAGUUCAAGCAGCUCCAGCAGUGAUUCUGGAUCUUCUUCAAGUGAUUCUGAUAGUGACAGUUCCUCAGCAUCUGGAUCUGAGGCAGGGUCGCAAGGGACCUGAAUGUGCUCCGUCAGAUCUCAGAUUUUUAGAGUAGAUGGUGUCUUGAUGCCAGCCUAUUUUGGUUUUUUGAAGCUUCCAAGAUUAUGGAUUUUAGUUUAACAGUCAGAUUAUAGAGGAAGCAUUCUGAAGGCCCGCAGGUGAUCCUACUGAUGCAGCAUGGGAUUUUUCCUUCCCAUUUGUUUGAACUGCAAUGCUAAUGGUGGCCUUGUUGCAUUUCUUGACACGAAUUCUUGUAUAAUAUUUGUUAGAAUUUGAUGAUAGUUAGGUAGCUAGAUUUCCGUAGCAUGUGUACAUUGCUAACUGCUGCUGCGCAUUGAGUUCCAUUGACAACAUGUUUUUUUGAUUUUGUGCUAGCAGAUUCAAAAUCUUAGUACCAUACGAAGAUAAUAUGUAAUUCCUUCGUGAAGUCUCAUUCCGUGUAGUUUAUAACUGAAAAUGCAAGUCGUAGUUAGUUUAACUGUGUCAAA